AUGGAUGAGGGCAACCACACCCAUGUGAAGGAGUUUGUCUUCCUGGAACUCACUCACCUUCAGGAGCUGGAGUGUUUCUUGUUUGUGGUCUUUCUUGUUGUAUACAUAACAACUGUAUUGGGCAAUAUGCUCAUUGUGGUCACUGUCACCUGGGAGUCCCGCCUCCACACUCCCAUGUACUUUCUCUUGCGGAACAAAUCAAUCCUGGACGUUGUUUUUUCAUCCAUCACUGUCCCCAAGUUCCUGGUGGAUCUUUUAUCGAAGAGGAAGACCAUCUCCUACAAUGGCUGCAUGGCACAGAUCUUUUUCUUUCACUUUGCUGGGGGGGCAGAUGUUUUUUUCCUCUCUGUAAUGGCCUAUGACAGGUACCUGGCAAUUGCCAAGCCCCUCCACUAUGUGACCAUUAUGAGGAGAGAGGUAUGGGUGACCUUGGUGGUGGCUUCCUGGAUGGGGGGUGGUCUGCAUUCAAUUGUCCAGAUGGUUCUGAUGCUCCCACUCCCCUUCUGUGGCCCCAACAUUCUGGAUGCCUUCUACUGUGAUGUGCCCCAGGUGGUAAAACUGGCCUGCACUGACACCUUUGCUCUGGAGCUUCUGUUGAUCUCUAACAAUGGGCUACUGAGCCUGCUCUGGUUCCUCCUGCUCCUGGGGUCCUACACCGUUAUUCUGCUGAUGCUGCGAUCCCACUCUGGGGAGGGGUGGAACAAGGCCCUCUCCACCUGCACCUCCCACAUCCUGGUGGUGACUCUCCACUUUGUGCCCUGCAUUUACAUCUACUGCCGGCCCUUCAUUACGCUGUCCUUGGACACAGCCAUAGCCAUCAAUAACACAAUCAUUACCCCUAUGGUGAAUCCCAUGAUCUACGCACUAAGGAAUCAGGAGAUGAAAUCUGCUAUGAGGAGACUACAAAGGCGGCUUCAGUCUUCUGAGAACAAUAAACCAGGGUGA